AUGAAACGAGGUUUUAUUGUAACAAUUAUUUGGGAAGUUUUAUCUUUAACAGCAUUCGUUUUAAAUUUAACUGCUAAUAGUAGUGAUCGUUGGUGGGUUAAUGCUAAAGAUGGUGGAGAAAAAACUUUUAUAAGAGCUGGUUUAUGGCAAGUUUGUUUUAAUAUGUAUCGUCAUCGUUUUGAUUAUUAUGGAAAAAUCUAUCAUGGUUGUUGGUGGCUUUUCUCUCCGGAAAUUCGUCUUUUACGUUCAUGGAUUACAAAUAAUUGGCUUCGUUGGGUACAAACAUUAUCUACACUUUCAUUAAUAACAUCGUUUUUUGCUGUUAUUGCUGCUUUACUUGUUUUACGUAAUACCGAAGGUUUUAAAUCAUCAAAACAAGUUCUUACAGCUGCAAUAUUACAUGGUCUCGCUGGAGUAUUAAUGUUAGCUACAGUUAUUUUAUUUGGUGUUGAUGGUAAACGACGUGAUUGGAUGAUGAAUUGGCAAUUUAAUUGGUUUGGUUGGAGUUUUCAAAUAGCUAUUGUUAGUUGUAUUAUUCAUUUAGCAACAGCAUUCAUGGCUGGUUAUCAAGGAUCAAAUAAAUAUUUAUAUGAUAUGUACGAUUAUGAACGAGCUCAUGAAGAAUUAGAAAAUCGUUCAACACUAAAAGCUCUUCCAUUACCUAUGUAUUCAAGUCGUCCACCAUCGGAACGUGGUUUAUCAUCAAAUGGAGGAAGUAAAACACAUCUUCAUCAAUAUGCUUAA